GGGACAUAACUCUCAGAUCGAGACUGUCCAUCGCUGCAGGCUGGAAAAGGUCACGGAAUACGGGACACUGGCUACCCAGUCACACCCGGCGUUGCGGAUGGCUCGCGUGAGCUCUGGGGCAUCGCCUGGCUACAGCAGCGCGUCGCCAAACUAGACGGGAAUGUCUGCGACACAGUUUGAGGAUAACACCAGCAUUUCAAAGUUGAUGGCCGGGGCACUGUUAAUGGAUAAUGAAUGCAAUGAACUUCCGUUUACUUGGCCUGACAACGCAGUCACCUCAUCGUCAAGCGUCAAGAAUGAGCGGGAAACCAACAACUUCCCGCCAAAUGUUGAUUGUUGGCAGAUGCAAAACCACACAUCAGCAUUUUCAAAUAACUACCCGUAUAUUCCUCAACAAAAUAACGGAUACGGGCCUGUCCAACACAAUGGCAGCUUAAACACCACCACCACUAAUGGUGACCAAGUUCAAGGUCAAAAUGGACUUGUGUCUGGCAGUAGUGCAUUAAAACCGGUGCAGGAUCAGUAUCGUCAUAAGUACGGCACUUAUGGCAACGAAAAGUAUCCCGACUUUAAUAUAGCCGUGAAAGCUGAAACGUGUGAUACCAGUAAAUGGAGUCAAUGUGCUGUUAAUUCUACUCCGAACUUCAACCAGUCCAGAAAUGUCCACGGUAGCGCACAGGGCGAACAGUUCUCACCAAAGUCUUUCAAAUCUUUAGAUAAUGGAGUCGGAGGGGGCAGCAUUGGCGGAAAGCAGACGCCGGGAGGAUCGUCAACAGAUCUGUCAGGCAAAAAGAGAACAUUCGAAUUAGUAGAAUCGGACGACAGUGAUUCUAAAACAAGCGGAACGGACGGAAGCCAAAGUGGCGGAAACGGUAGUCGGCCUGACCUGCAGUGCUACUGCGCACCCGUUGACAUUAACGUCAAUCAGAUGAUCACCAGUGGUGUAACUGUGGCUGGUUAUAAACCAAGGAAAGUGAUAUGUAAGCGGAAAAAAGCAUGCGUCCCCACGGAUCAGAAAGAUAAUGGAUACUGGGAGAAAAGGAAGAAAAACAAUGACUCUGCUCGACGUUCCAGAGAAGCGAAGAAAGAAAAGGAGCGCAACUUUUACAAACGCGCGCUGGAGUUGGAGUAUGAAAACCAUUGUUUGAAAGAGAGAAUUGCCUUUCUUGAAAGAAAACUAGAACUUUCGAUGCAACAAAAUCCUAAUUUUAGUUGCCCUGACGCGUAGUGUUCCUGUAUAUAUAUACUUGUGUAUACCUAGAUUUAUUCCAAAGACGAGGUCGUCCAUUUUGGAGGACACACUCCUGACAAAUGGCAUCGAUCACUGAUAUAUACUACAUUACUCGAGAGAAAUGUUUAUGUAAGUAGGUAUAAUACAUAUAUAUAGACAAGUGUUCAUUAUUGUUUAGCUUUAUGUCCGUCCACAAAGAGUUGAGGCUGGUAUCAAAAGAAAGAAGUCUAUAUGCUUGGGCAAAUUCUUUAUGAUGGAUGGCACUAACCCCUAAGUUUCUACAGAUUUUUAAUAUUUUCUCUCUAACAUGGCAUCAAAUGCUGUGUUUAUUGUAGCAUUUUUGUAUUCUUGAAUUGUCUGCCUUUUUAUCUUUAAAUUAAUAGUCCUCGUAUCGUUGCCACGCUUCGUGUGAUUCAGAUAGGUGAUAUGUAAGUAGAUCUAGCCGCCCUUCCUCAGGGGCCGUAACUCCAUUCCUAGAGUGUAGUUAGAAGUAAGAUUGUUUCUAUAUAUAAUCAUUUGUGCAUGGAAGUUCAAAACUUUCCUACGUCGUUGCGUCAACCAUACAUCACCGAUGUUGCUUACCAUGUUUUUUUGUGAUCAUGCACGCUACCGUGUGUUUAUGCCAAAGUUUGAAAAACUGACAUGUCUACCCCCCCGUGCUUUUUGAAUGUUGGUUGCUUUUUAUAUGUUUGUACUACAUGUUAUAAAUCUGGCUUUUUGAUUUAUAUAUUUACAAUGUUGACAUAUUUCACACGAGAUUCGUUUUUUAGAUGUUUUCUAGGUGCUAAGGAAACCAAGAUGGUAAUUUUUAGUUAAUAAUAUGAAGUUUGCAAACCAGUUUUAAGUUUAAGUAUGGUACAACUAUUCUGACCUUUGAGUUAGUAAGGUACUGUGUUUUGUUUAACGUAUAUCUUGGACCCAUCAAGUGUUCAAAUGAAAUGCACGUCUUCAUUAAUAUGCAAAUAUAAAUGUUUAACUUAACUGUAAAAAUCAUAUUCAAAACUUACGUUUAUGAAUUUUUAAAUUGUUUCAAUGAAAUGGGAAUAUUUUCAAUUGCGGAUAAAUUUACAACUUCUUGAGUGAGAAACAUGUAACACCUGUUUGUAAGAUUUCAUGUAUAAUUUUAUUUUAACACGAAAACACUGCAUUAUCACUAGUAUUCAAACCAAAAUAAAUACUAAAAAGCAAUCGAAAUGAACCUUAGUUGACUUAAGUAUGGUGCUUAAUAGAGAGUGUUAGCUGUGAAACGUUAACAAUUGAAUUUUAUGUUAUGUCCUUGAAAGUAAACAUUGAAUUGUGUAAUAUUACUGAAACAGGUAUAUGCCAGUCAUACACAGAGUGUCUUUUGACGUUAUAUGUCCGUCAUUUCAUCCGUCACUUUGUAGUCAGACCAAACCAGUAUGAAGUGUUUCCUCACUAGAGAAUGGAUGCCUAAUGGACAUACCUUGUCACAACUGUCGACACUUUCCGAAUUGCAAUCGGAAACCAUCUGUACUUUCCGUAAACGUUACGGAAAGUGCCGACGGUUCCCGAUUGCUGGUAAUAUUCAGCUGCUACAAACGCAAGUCAACAAGCACAAUCGUCACGUCUUAAUUGAAAGUUGAGGAUUAUAAAAGACUUAAUUAGUAAAAAAAAAAAAAAAUGAAAAAAAGUAUGUACUGAACAGUUGAAGAUAUAUAGAGUAGUAUUCAUUUUUCAAAAAAAGUAAUAUUUACUGAACAGUGCAGACGUUCAAUGCAUGUCCUAACAUUAGCGAUAGUCGUUACUGUUUUAUUUGUUCUUAACCAGCUACCGUGUUCAAACCCGUUAAGUUACGAGGAGUAUAGUGUUAGUGGUUGUGAUACGGCAGAGAUUUAUAUCAUAAUAGUGUUGGUUAUAUUUUUCAUUAAUACCAUUAAUUAGGUUGUCAAUAUUAUUUAGCUAUGCAUGUAGCUUAUGUUCCAUUAUUGUUGGAUUGGUAAUGUCAGAGAUGAAAUCGUGCUGUUAUUGUUGUAAUAUAUUACAAUGCUGUUGGAUUGACCGAUAAGGUAUAAAUUGAGUUAUCUCCCAUUGUCCAUAUACCACUGUUUCAGCACCUAUAAUGAAGAAACGAUUACCUUUUCCUUAGUAGCUUACUUUAUAAUUGCUUUGGUAAGUAAAUGGCAAUGUAUCUUCAUGACGGCAGCAACACAAUGUUUUUAUAGAUUGUAUACGAGCCGUGUGGUAGCCGACUCCGACGUCCACGUUUCCGCCAGUAACAUCCCUACUUACCACAUGUAAAUAUACUAAGAUGAUUGAGUGUGAUGCUUUACCUUCACUUAUUUUCUAGUCAUGUUUGUCCCAAUAAUGGUAAUAGAUCGCCUUGCAAUGUGUACAACAAUCAUUUAUAUCCGGCCUAACCUCUUUCUGUUUCAUCGGGCUCCUUAACUUGACAGAUAAAGCAGUCUAGAUGUAGCGCUUAGCAUACUUUUGAAAAAUAUUAUAAAGAAUAUUGUAACAAAUAUCAGUUUUUCCUUUAUACACAAAUAAUGUACGUAUU